UUUCGCGGUCCCCUCGACGAUCGCGCCCCGCGGUAGACCCCUUGCAGCCGUUGGAUUUCCGCCUUGAGGGAUCAUUAGCGGAAAUCUCCUUGCACGGGCAAGAUAUCAAUAUAGCCGACUUACGUCUCCUAUCAAGGUUCAUGAUGCAUACUUCUAGAACGAUGAGCCCCCAUGCGAAGCGAAAGCAAAUCUGGGAGCAGGUUGUUCCGGACAUAGCGACGAAGAAGGAGUACCUGAUGCACCUGCUCCUUGCACUCGCUGGAGAGCAUCUUCUCUAUGAAGUCCAUAUGUCAGGAUCAAUCACAGCGGGUAUAAAUGAGAGUCAGUCUGCGCUGCCUGCCUACGAUGAGCAUGAACUUCAACUUGAGUAUCAUCGCGUGAUUCAGCAUCACCAACGAGGCCUCGAAGGAUUUCGCCAGGCCCUGGCCGACAUAUCUCCAGACACUGCAGAAUAUGUAUUCUGCGGCGCGCUUCUGAUAGUUGCUAUCGCUUUUGCCUCAAUAUCCACCAGAGAUCAAGAUUGCCCAGGACUGGGACUCGGCAAGCAAGAUGAUGAUCAAUACCCAUAUAUUGACUGGCUACAUCUUGUUCGUGGCCUAACAAGCAUCGUUCAAGAGCAUUGGCUAACUCUCAAGCUCGGACGCUUGCGGGCCAUGUUAUUCUACAUUUAUGCUAACGACGACUGGAAGCUUGCUGUGCCUGCCAGCUCCUCGGCGCAAUUUUCCCGCUUGAAGCAUGCUCCCCAAGUUUUCCACGUGUUUGUACAAGGUGCCACGCAAGCCAUCCGCAUGCUUCGCGCUUUUGCAGCCACCCUGUUUCCCGGCACAGCCUCGCUUGAUGGGAAGAGCAUAUCGACAUCACAACAUUCUGAUAACGAACAAGCCAGCGAAGCCGAAGAUCAUCCAUACGACUAUACUCACGCCAUUGGCAAAUUAGAAGAGAUCUACAUGCGGAUCCUAUAUGUCCUACAGUUCUCCCGGAGUGAGCGCGAUUGCGCGCCAGCGCUCGAAAUCCAGAUCGACAUCGAGGAUAGCGCCGUCACCUCCUGGCCAUACAUGAUCUCAAAUAGCUUUUUCGACAGCCUCAAAUCCAGAGAGCAACUGAGGCCCGCUGAGGGCUUUUCGUACGCUAUCCUGGCGCACUUCUACGUUGUAUCCCUCCUAUUUCCGGAUGUCUGGUAUCUCAACAGCGGCUUUCGUUCGGAGAUCGAGAAGAUCUUACUGCUUGUGAACAAGCUGGAGAACCAUGCGUUAAGCGCUCUGAUGGCGUGGCCAAUGGCAGUAAUCGCGGGUUCGUGAUUUUCAGGAGGUUUCACUCUCGGUCCCUUCCCGGACCUAAGUUUAAAAUUUGGGUGCAUUAGUAGUUCCCUGUUUCAUUCGUGC